AUGGGAUGUGGAGGAAGCAAGAGCAUCCGCGAGAGGAACGCCGGGGGCAACACGACCGAUGUGGCACCCGCUCAUACGGAUGGUGUGCCAAUGUUCAGCGCGAGCUAUCCAGUCUCGAUGCAGACGCCACCUGCGCCCGCUUCCACUGCCUCCGUGCCUGUUUCGCUAUAUCCUGAGUUCACAGGCAACUAUGCGCUGCAGGGUGCGAUCUUGCCCGAAUCGGGCAAGGCUUCCGCUGCUGGACCGGCAGAGGGCAACGUGGGCGCGGAGGCAGAGCCUUCUGCUGCUACUCCAACUACUGAGAAUGUGUCGGUUGUCAGCCCCACCCCAAAGGAUGACAAGCAGCAGGCGGAGAAGCCGACCACCCUUAACGGGCAGCAACGCCAGCUUACUUCUAAUAUUCACCAGGAGAGCCAGGCCCGCUUCAUGGUGGACAAAAGCUCCCCGUACGUUGGUCCGGGCCCCGCCGUGGAGUUUCCCAUCGAUCACGUCUACCGCUGCUUUGAUGUGGAGAACGGCCUCCUGUUCCGCUUGGUGAACGACAAGCGCCACAUAUGGCUCUUCUACAACGACACAUCCGAGUACAUGAUGCGGAUCUCUGCCAUUUUCGGACCCGAGAGCUCUAUCAAGGCUCUCGGCAGCACGCGUCAGGUUUCCCUCGAUGAGGAGACAGGCCAGUGCCAGCUGGUGCUGGAUGUGGCGCCAGGGGAGACCCAGAGCUUCAUGCGCGGUGAAUACAACGGCUUUUACACGUGCUACGACGCGAGUCCGAUUAAUGUCGCCACCGACGUUAGUGCAUAG